UACAGCUUAAACUUCAAAAAUUGCAAGAAAAACUUCCUCGCGGAAACCAAAAUAGAGUGGCAGAAAAAUGGCGGCAGAGUCUUCCUCGGCAGCGGCGAUGGCGGAGGAGCUGACGCUAACCGUGAAGUGGAGUGGCAAGGAGUACACUGUCCGCGUCUGCGGAGACGAUUCGGUGGCUGAGUUGAAGCGGCGGAUUUGCGAAGUCACGAAUGUACUGCCCAAGAGACAGAAGCUCUUGUACCCUAAAAUCGGCAACAAGCUCGCCGACGACACCGUUAUUCUCUCCCAGCUUUCCCUCAAGUCUUCGCUCAAGAUGACGAUGAUUGGAACGGUUGAGGAUGACAUAAUUGUUGACCCAGUGGAUGACCCGGAGAUUGUUGACGAUUUUGAGCUUGGGCAAGAUGAAGCUGUCGAGAUUAAGGACAAGGAAGUUAAUAAGAUGAAGUUGAAGAGGCGUACAGACCAAUACAAGGUAAAGUUCUCAUCUUUUUUUUGCUAUGACACUCAGAUUCAGAGUAGUGGAAUGGGCUUACUGGCUUAGUCAAGUAGCAAAAUUUUCUUUUCUAGAUUGAUUUUUAUUUGGUCACUUGAGUUGAGGUGACAUUCUCUGUAAAUUAUGUAAGUUUCUGGUGUGGUAUUGAUGUUUCAAGGGUAUCAAUUCCCUUGAAAUGUAGCUGCUGUUUUGAGCACGAGUCUUGCCAUUUCUAGUUAAACAGCCUCUCUUGGAAGAAGCCACAGCAUCUGUGUCCUAUUGUAGGAUUUUUCUGCCUAGUGACGAUGAAGUGAGUUUUGCCAUGAUGUUGAUCUUGAUCUGCUGCCAGAUUUCAUGCCAUUUAGAGCCUAUUAAUGAAAUUGACUCUAUUGUGCUGUGCUCUAGAUCAAGCUUCGUAAUCCAUGUCGUGAGGGAAAGAAGUUGCUCGUGCUGGAUAUUGACUACACCCUUUUUGAUCAUCGAUCAACAGCGGAGAACCCUAUGCAACUAAUGCGCCCUUGUGAGCAAACUGUUGUUGCUAAAUGUUAUCUUAUGCAUUUUUUCCGUACUCUUUUCUAACAUCAGUUUCUUCAGAUCUUCAUGAAUUCCUUACAGCAGCUUAUACAGAAUAUGACAUAAUGAUAUGGUCGGCAACUAGGUAUGAGAUCGUUCUCUACUUCCAGUUUUACCCUAUUACCUUCCUUGUCAUGCCAAACCUUCUUCUUUGUCAUCGUUGGUUUGGCGAAUUGAGUUUUUUUUGCUUAAUUCCUUAGGUUAUACUUGGCGGUGUGAACAUGAUAAUUACUAAUUAGUAUUCUUCCUCGGUUCAGUACGUCUAGAUUCCAUAUAAGGAACUUCAACUAGAGAAUUCCUUUGUCUAGUACUGAUAACGGACUAUUCCUUUCUUGCAUAAUCAGUGUGCAAAAUUCCAUUCCUAUUAACUAAAUUAUGCGUUUGUUUUUCUUUUUGACUUUUUUGUGCAGCAUGAAGUGGGUUGAACUGAAGAUGGGAGAGCUUGGAGUACUAAGCAAUCCCAAUUACAAAAUUACUGCUCUCCUGGACCAUUUAGCAAUGAUUACAGUGCAAUCUGAUGCUCGUGGGAUCUUUGACUGCAAGCCUCUUGGACUAAUAUGGGCUCAUUUCCCUGAGUUUUACAGCAAGAAGAACACCAUCAUGUUCGAUGAUCUACGACGGAAUUUUGUGAUGAACCCAAAAAAUGGGUUGACAAUUAAGCCCUUCAGGAAGGCUCAUGCCAAUCGAGAUAGUGACCAAGAGCUCGUGAAGCUAACGGAGUACCUUCUUGCUAUUGCUGAACUAGAUGAUAUAAGCAAACUGGAUCACUCCAAGUGGAAGUACUAUGCAGAGGAUGGCUCGAAAAGGCGUAGACAUGCGUAAGUUGCACUAAUAGGCUCCGAAGAUCCUUUUAUGCUGCUUCCAUCCAGCACUUUCUGUGGUUAUGUGUUCUUGCUCAAGGCACCACACUCACAACAAGGAUCACCUCAAAUGGAAAUACUGAUUUCGUUCCGCUCCAGCAACUAUGGUGAUAACGAUGUGUACCUUCAGCAUGCCUCUCAUUCAGCACCCGGAUGGUUUUGAUCCAUUGGAUCCUCAAGCCAACAUAACCAUCAAAUGGGAUCUCCUGCUAUCAACAGGUAGCUCUGAUACGGUCAAAGUAACAAUACUUAAUUUCCAAAAGUACAGACACAUAGAGGCGCCAGGGUGGAAGCUAGGGUGGGACUGGAAAGGCAAGGAGGCCAUAAGUUCCAUAUUUGGAGCUGAAGCAACACAGCAAGGUGACUGCUCAAGAUUCAAGGGCCAAGAACUCCCACAUUGCUGCGAUAAGCACCCGGUCGUCAUCGAUCUCUUGCCCGGAGCUCCUUACAACACUCGGUUCCAGAACUGCUGCAAAGGAGGAGUCCUGUCGUCCAUGACACAGGACACUUCAAUGUAUGCAGCAUCUUUCCAGAUUGCCACUGUAGGGAGCACUGCUGCAAACUACUCCGAUUUCGCGAUGCCAGAGAAUUUCACCCUUGGAUUGCCUGGCUACACCUGUGGGCAGCCUGUUGAAGUCCAACCCACCAGGAUCCCUGUCGAUGGAGGCCGAAGAUGGACUCAAGUCCUCAGGACAUGGAAUGCGGUGUGUGGUUACUCGUCGUUCUUAGCAUCGCCAUCUCCGAAAUGUUGUGUUUCGUUGUCAGCUUUCUAUGAUAGCAGAAUUGUUGACUGCUCUACGUGCAGCUGUGGAUGUCAAGGACAGCCUGGCUCGAAAUGCAUCAAGGAUGGGGAAACACCAGCUCUUCUGCAGCAAAAGCAUGAUCCAAACGAGGAGCCACCUCCACUGGUGAGAUGCACAGACCACAUGUGCCCUAUACAGAUUCAUUGGCAUGUAAAGGAGAGCUACAGACAGUAUUGGAGAGUGAAGAUGACCAUCAGAAACUGGAAUAUCAUCAAGAACUACUCCCAGUGGAACAUGGUUGUCUUGCACCCCAACUUGAAGAACAUCACUACGGUUUUCAGCUUCAGCUAUGCAUCGCUCAAUGAAUUUCGCACCACCAAUGAUAGCGGGAUGUUUUGGGGGAUCAAGUACUACAACGACAUGCUUCUACAAGAAGGGCAUAGCGGGAAUGUUCAAAGCGAGAUGUUGCUGGCGAAAGAGCCAGGGUUUAGUUUCGGCGGAGGAUGGGCUUUCCCAAGAAGGAUUUUGUUCAAUGGAGAUGAAUGUGUAAUGCCACAGCCAGAUGAUUAUCCAAGGCUCCCUAAUGCUUCUCCUCCUCUUUCAUUUGCCUCUUCCUUCCCUCUGUUGUCCUUCUUCUCAACUUUGCUCUUCCUUUUGCUCUUCUGCUAGUUCUUUUGUAAUGAAGGAUGCAACGGAAGCUAUCCUAGGAUAGGACUUAGUUAUCUCCUUGACUAUUUGCAUGAACCAUCAAUUCAAGCUAAUGCAUAGGUGAGCUGUAGAGUAACAAACUCUAAUCUACCCUAAGAGCUGCUCAUGAAACCCUAGAACCUCUACAUCAGU